AUGUGGAUUUGGUUUCUUCUUUGCACACUAUUCCUGGCGACAAAAGAGUCUGCACAGAAGGAGGACGCGUGCAUCUUCAUUCUUUGCAGGAACACGGACAUCCAUGGCCUCAAAGACACAAUUACUAAAUUCGAAAAAUACUUCAACAAAAAAUACCAAUACCCAUAUGUUGUAGUGAAUGACGUAGAAUUCACACCCGAAUUUAAAAAAGAUUUCAAUGCCCUUACAACAAAUCCCGUUGAAUACGGAACAAUUCCAAAGGAGCACUGGGGAUAUCCCACGUGGAUUGAUAAGGAAAGGGCCUCCCGGGAGAGAACAAGAAUGGAAAGAGACAAUAUAAUAUAUGGAGGCAGUGAGUCAUACAGGCACAUGUGCAGAUAUUUCUCUGGAUUCUUCUUUGAGCACCCACUCACAAAGAAGUACAGAUAUUAUUGGAGGGUAGAGCCAGACACGCAGUUGCACUGCCCCAUUGACUAUGAUGUCUUUGAGUACAUGCGCAUACACAACAAGAAGUAUGGGUUUACGAUUACACUCCAUGAAUAUCCUCAGACAGUCCAGUCUCUUUGGCGAACUAUUCAGCAAUUUGUUUCCUCUUACAACACAUUCUAUAAAGAAGGAGACUUCUGGACCUUAGUGGAGCCCCUUAAUCUGCACAGAUUUAUAACAGAUGACAUGUACACCCGGUAUAAUAUGUGCCACUUCUGGUCUAACUUUGAAAUUGCAGACUUCUCUUUUUUCCGAAGCAAAAAGUACAAGGCAUUCUUUGAGUUUCUAGAUCGGUCAGGUGGAUUUUUUUAUGAAAGAUGGGGAGAUGCGCCUGUGCACUCAAUUGCAGCCUCGUUAUUCCUGAAUAAGGAUGAGAUCCAUUAUUUUGAAGAUAUAGGGUAUACGCAUCCCCCGUUCACGCACUGCCCUAGGAUGUCUCUACAAAAGUCUCCUUGCAGCUGCAAUGUCUCUACCUCUGUGGAUAUUACUAUGCCUAUGUGUAUAAAUUUGUAUAAAAAGAUACCCAGGUAG